AAGAUCUAGCCGCAAUGUCAGGACAGUCAACUGUUCUCGUAAUCCGCCCAAUUGUAUUCAUCUUUUUAGCACCGCCUCCCCACUUACCGUCUUGCCUCCGUCCGAACGAUAUGGAUAUGGGAGCUGGUGGUUCAGUUUUUUGACCCUACCACGUGAUUAAAAGACCCGUUUCCUGUCCUUCCCGCUCCCAUAGACAAGCCGACAUAUCGGAAGAUUAUCUAUGGGAGUAGUUUUUGACAGGGGUUUGGAUGAUUCAGCCAAAAACGCCGCCGCCGUUUCUAGAACCGUUUUCAUUGCCUUCGCCAUCGAGUGUACCGUUCCACUUACGCCAGCCCAGCUGAGUGGGCUAGGCAUACACUACACAAGGUACUUACCCUUGCUAUUUACCCCUAAUACCAGAGAAGAUGUGGUGAUCGAUGUCUAUCGAAUUAGUGGAG